GUAUGGAUACGCAAUACCCCUAUUACAGACACACGCUCUGCCCCUAUUCCUCUCACUUAUCUGUUUCAUGCUCAGCUCCUCCAACCUUGUUGCUGAUUGUUAACACUUUUGGGCUGGGAAAAAGUCACUAUAGAACUGUAGUUGUUACGUAAACAGGAUGCGGACGAUUUACAAUUCCCUUAAGGACAUUCACCCAGAAACAAGAAAUUGGAAACCAAAAAAAUCAAUGCCACGAACAUCAACACAAAGUGUCAACACAUAUCAAAGGCUUAUAUUGAUUGUUAAAGAGGGCAACCGAGUGCAAGCUGUACUGUUUGGUUGUGACAUUCAACUGCAUGAGGAUACGUUGAUCCAAGCAAGGACGUAUUUUAUCACGAAUGCACUUGUCAAACCAAUUCCUACAAAACUUCGUCUUGUUGACCAUAACUAUCAAUGGAUAAUCAAUACAAGAACUGUUAUUGAGGAUGUAUUAGAGAAUGAGAUUUUAUUUCAUACAACAGAGUAGAGUUUUGUUCCUUUUGAUGAAUUCCACAAAUACAUCGACCUUAAUGACCCUAUUGAUGUCAUUGCUCUUGCGAUAGCUGUCCAACCGCCUCGACAGCUUCAAACAAGAACUGGACCUUCAAUGAUUCAAGAAUUCACUCUCAUCGAUCAACUCCUUAAGCCUGUUGGUUUAAUAAUGUGGGAUCAAUUCAUCCCGAAUGAAUCAGCAACUAUUUCGGAGGUUAUCAAUUGCAAACCUGUUAUUAUUGCAACGAGACUGAAAGUGGUUUCGCAUAAUGGAAUCUCUCUGUCAACCAAGCCGUCUUGCUCCUUCGUCAUAAAUCCAAAUCAUUCCAAAGCAACUGCAUUGGAAGAAUGGGCUUCUAGGAAUGAAAAGUUGCUUGAAGCUAUCAUUGCCAAAACGCUUGAUCCUGCAUCUUCAUCUAGUACCUCUAUAAUGCCACCAAUUGAAAAUUUGACAGAUAUUGGUGCUAUCACAACUUUGCCUAAAAUGGAUGAAAUACAAAAUUUAGAAAACAUUGCAAGGCUUUCUUCCGACCAAGAGUUCAUUAUUCAUCUCAAAUCUACAAGCUAUGACGUUCGUGGAGAAACGAACAAUAGAUUUAAUAUUGUUUCCAUCUUUGAUGUGCCAAAUGAAAGUGAAUGAAUACAAGCCACUGUGACAAGUAAAUUAAUAUGUAUAUGUGUUUGAAAACUUCACUAGAGAUCAGAAAAAACGAAAUUUUGAAGAUCAUGGAAGACAAAUAAAGACAUAAUUAUUAAUCAAUUAUGUAUCAAUUUGUCUUCCUUUUUGUAGAUCAAAGGUGUAGAUAUGGAUACAUUCAUUUUUUUUAGACCUCUUUUUGUACACAAUAUAUACUCAUCUUUAUAAACUACGCUUGUGAUAUUGAAGCUCUUUUUUGUAUAAGGU